CAAACAUAAAAAUGAGCUUCAAACAGAAAAUAAUUCAAUUGAAACUUCUUCUAUGGAAAAAUUUUACAGUACAAUUUAGACAUCCAAUACGAAAAUCUUUCGAAUUCAUAAUCCCUCUUUUUAUAAUUAUGAUCACUGUAAUAACAAAAAGAUGGAAUCCAACACAAUUGCAAGGUCCAGCUGAGUUCCCUUCAUUUAAACUAGAAGGUUUAGAAAAUCAUUUAAUUUUAAACAAAUCUGUUGUAUAUUGGUCACCUUGUCGUAACAAGCAAUUAACCGAAUUAAUGGAAUCUAUUCUUCCAUCGACCAACACAAAAAAUAAAUGUUUUAAAAAUGCGGAUGAUCUUCAAGUUGGAUCUGAAGCUGAAACGAGCGCAAAUUCAUUUAUUGUUGGUAUAGAUUUUGGUGAUGAUUUAAUUGGAAAAAACUGUAUUGGUGAUAAAAUGUCUAUUACUAUAAGACUUCCUGCUGAAAUUUCUUCAGGUUCUUGGCAUACAUCUGAAUUAUUCGAUGAUAAUCAACCUACAGGACCUAGAUAUUGGACUCAACAACAUGGUUAUGAUCCUGAUUAUUAUGAAACUGGAUUUUUAAACCUUCAAUAUACAAUAUCCAAAGCUAUUAUUAAUCAGCUCAUGGAUAAAGAAACGCUUAGCGAUACUUCUUUAUUGAUGCAAAGAUAUCCUUAUACAGUUUGGAAAGAAGAUUUUGUUCUAUCAACAAUGAAAAAUGCAUUGGGCAUUAUAAUCGUUUUAUGUUUAACGACUACUUUGUUCACGUUGAAGUUUUUUUGUGGCUCCAGCAAUAAUGUUUUUGAAAAGAGCAGUUCGGUUUUAGUUUUACUAUUUUUCCUUAUUUAUGCUUUUGCUGCAACUGCUUUUUGUUUUAUGAUAAGUAUAUUUUUCAAAAGAGAGUUUUUAGCUGCUGCAGUAGCAGUACUUUUAUGGUAUCUAUCUUUAGCUCCUUACGCCCUCAUCGGUGGAAAUGAUGUUUCCGCAUCAAUGAAAAUGAUCUCUAUGUUAUCGUUAAAUUCGGCUUUAUGUGAAGGUGUUCAUUUGAUUUUACUCUUUGAAGAACAUGGAGAUGGAUGGCAUUGGAAUGAUAUAUGUAAAAAUCGUCAUCAAGGAUCAAAGAUCACCAUGUGCCAUAUCACUUUUAUGCUUAUAUUCGAUACAAUUUUAUAUUUAAUCAUUGGAAUGUUGUUUCACAUUUUUAUCCGUGGAAUAUUUAGUUCUUCAAAAAGUUGGAGAAUUUUCCAUAAACCAUAUUGGUUUCGACAAAAUGAAGUCUACGAUAUGGAUGACGCCCCAAAAGAAGUCGCUGCAUCACCAGAGUUCAUCGAACCAGAUCCGCCAGAAUUAAAACCCGGCAUUAAAAUAGUAAAUUUAACAAAAACAUUUCAAAGACGGCACAAUGCUCUUGAUAAUCUAACAUUAAAUGCUUUCACUGAUCAAAUUACAAUACUUUUGGGUCAUAAUGGAUGUGGAAAAUCAACCGUAAUUAAUACGGUGGUGGGAAUUUUACCACCAACCGAUGGUAGUGUUAUCAUAGACGAAAUUGAUGUGACUAGAAAUCCAGAACAAUUUAGACCGCAGUUGGGUUGGUGUCCAGAACGUGAUGUUUUAUAUAAAAAAUUAACCGUUCAAGAACAUAUUACAUUGUUUUGUAGAUUGAAAGGGCUAAACGUAAAGGAAGCAAAAGAGGAAGUUCAUAAGUAUAUUGAACUAAUGAAGUUAGAAAACAAAAAAUCAACUUUAAUUCAAUACAUUUCCCCUGGCAUGAAAAGAAAAAUAAGUGCUAUAAUAGCAAUUUGUGGAAAAUCCAAAGUAUGUGUAUUAGAUGAACCUUCGUCUGGAAUGGAUCCAGCUUCACGAAGAGAUUUAUGCGAUAUUUUGCAAUCUCAAAAAAUUGGAAAAACAAUCCUAAUGACUACUCAUUACAUGGAUGAAGCAGCUGUACUUGGUGAUAGAAUCGCAAUUAUGAGUGAAGGUAAACUACAAGCUAUGGGUAGUACUUUCUUCUUAAAGAAAAAAUAUGGAGUAGGAUAUAGAUUGAUUAUAGUGAAAACUCCAAAUUGUGAUGUUUAUGAAUUGACGAAAGUGAUGAGAGGAUAUAUUCCAACUAUAGAGAUAGAAAAUGAUGUAGGGAACGAUUUAGUUUAUGUUCUUCCUGAACAACAUACAGUGAUUUUUGAAAGUUUGUUGUUGUAUUUAGAAACAAACAGCGAACAAUUAGGAAUUAGAUCAUUUAGUGUUUCUCUUACAUCAAUAGAAGAUAUUUUUACCAAAGCUGGAGGAAGUUCUUACAACCAAGACAUUGAUGUUUCUUCACAACAUGUUAGCAGACAACCAUCCACUAUUAAUUUUGAGGAAAAUUUUCUUAAAGGAUUCGCAUUAAGAAAAAAUCAAAUAAUCGCGAUGUUAAUGAAAAAAUUUAUUUCUACAUCAAGGUCUUUAAUAUUAUUCAUUCUCCCAAUUCUAAUACUUUUAAUAGUCAUGAUUUUGAUGGCGUUCACUCAAUAUACCACACAAGAUGACCACAACUUGCCUAAACUUGUAUUAACCAACGAUUUAUACGGAGAGUUUAUAGCUAUUGUUUCAACUCAACACAUCACAAAUGAAUAUUACCACACGUAUAAGAAAACAAUCAUUGAACAAAACGGAAUAUUAAUUGAUUGGGAACGAGAGGAUUUUGGCGCUAACAUAAUGAGCUAUAUGGCACAACAUCAAGAAAAAGAAAAAUACAAAAACCUUUUUGGAGCAUCAUUUAAAGAAAAUAAAAUAACAACUUGGUUUAAUCCUGAGGGAUAUCACGUUGCGCCUUUAGCUCUACAAUACACGAUGAAUACAAUUUUACAAACAAAUUUAAAAUGCGAAGAUUGCCAUUUGGAAUUUAUAAAUUAUCCUUUACCAAUUGCAACAAAUACAAAGUCUAUAAUAAUGUUCAAUGAUAUAGUUCGUUUGGCGUAUUGUUUAGGAUUUGCGAUGGUUUACGUAACAGCUUUCUUUAUUUACUUCUACGUAAAAGAACGGGCAAUCAAGUCGAAGCAAUUACAAUUUAUUUCCGGUGUUAACGCUACUAUUUAUUGGGGAGUGGGACUAUUAUGGGAUUAUGGUUGCUUUUUAAUUAGCGUUUGUUUAGUUACAAUAUUUCUUAUUUGUUUGGAAUUAAAUGGAUUUAGUUCGUGCGAAGAAAUAGGACGAGUUAUUUUAUUGUUAUUGCUUUUUGGUUUGGCAGCUUUAACACAAUUAUAUCUUCUAUCACUAUGUAUCCAAGAUCCACCUUUAGCUUAUGGUGUAGCUGUUUUCAUCAAUUUUUUCUUAGGCCCAUUUGCUGUUCUAUUUAUUCACGAAAUUUUUAUUGAUGACAAUGAAAGGACUUUAACUGGUGAUAUUAUUUACUGGAUCCUUUUGAUUUUCCCCCAUUUUGCUUUAACAUCUGGAAUUUAUGAACUCGGAAAAAAAUAUGGGGAAAUACACGUUUGUGAACAACUUGGAAAUAUUUUAAAAUCGGCCAACUCAACUAACACUCCAUGCAAAACGAACGAAUUUUGUUGCAACUUGGAUGAUAAUUAUUUAAGUUUCAAUAACAGAGGAAUCGGAAAACAUUUAAUAUUUCUUAGCAUCGCCACCAUAUUUUCCAUAAUAAUAAUCUACUUGACUGAAAAUAGAAUGUUGACACGUUUAUAUCAAUUUUUACAACAACAUAAUAUAAAGCGCACAAGAGAAGGUGGACGCGAAGAUAUUGAUGUAAUGGAAGAACGAUACAAAGUAAAAGCUUUAAAUUUAAACCGGCGAGAUUACCCCGUUGUCGUUCAAGAUGUCACAAAGUGUAGCGAUAAAUUAUUGGCUGUAAAUAGAAUCUCGUUUGCUCUACAAGAAUACGAAUGUUUUGCUCUUCUCGGAGCGAACGGAAGCGGGAAAACCACUACGAUUAAAAUGAUUAUGGGGGAAUUAAUCAUAUCGAAAGGAAAUGUUUGGAUUUAUGGAAACAAUUUAAAUUUGAAAAUAAGAAAAAUUUAUAAAGAGAUUGGUUAUUGUCCCCAACUUGAUGCAUUACUCGGCGAAAUGACUGGAAAAGAAACGUUAAUCAUGUUUAGUCUUUUAAGAGGUUUAUCAUACCCGCGCAGCUUAGAAUUUACAACAUUUAUAGCGGAAAAAUACGACUUUCUUAAAUAUUUAAAUAAAAGAGUCAAGUUUUAUAGUAAUGGAAUUAAAAAGAAACUAAGUACUGCAAUUGCUAUGAUAGGAAAUCCAUCUAUCCUACUUUUAGAUGAACCAACAACAGGAAUGGAUGCUGAAUCAAGACGUCGAAUAUGGAAACACCUCAAAGAAUUAAAAGAUAGAGGGAGAUGUAUAUUAAUAGCUUCUCAUAAUAUGGAUGAAUGUGAAGCUAUCGCAACAAGAUUAACGAUAAUGACAAAUGGAAAAUUAAAAUGUAUAGGAUCGCCGAAUUAUCUUAAAAACAAAUUCUCUCAAUUCAAUAUUUUAACGGUGAAGAUGAGACCAAAUGACUUAAAAAUGGAUAAUGUGGAUUCUGUGAUAAGAACGCAAGUUCCCUUGGCUAUUUUCCAAGAAAUGUAUUCUGGAAUGAUAAUUUAUCAUAUCCCACUUGGUACGAUUCCAUGGUCUAAAAUAUUUGGUGAAAUGGAGAGAUUGAAAAGAUCAGUGAAUAUUGAUGAUUACGCAGUUACGCAAUCUAGUUUAGAACAAGUUUUCCUCUAUAUGACAAGAUUACAAGACAGAUGAGUUAUUAUUUUCACUCUGUGUAU